CUCUCUAAAUCAAACUCCACAGUAGCCAUGGAUAUAAUUAGUUUCACCGAUGAAAGUUCAACUAGCACCACCCUCUCAAUGGCACCGCCGUCGUCAGCUCCGGCGAAGUCGCCGGCUACAAGUCUUUGCAGAUUGGGUAGCGUCGUAAUCGACUCGGUCGAGGGCGGAUUCGCCGAAGCCGAAUCUUCCGGUAGGAAACUCCCUUCUUCUCGAUUUAAAGGUGUGGUCCCCCAGCCGAAUGGCCGAUGGGGGGCCCAGAUUUACGAGAAACAUCAACGUGUCUGGUUAGGCACGUUUAACGAAGAACACGAAGCUGCUAGAGCGUACGAUGUGGCGGCCCAACGCUUCCGCGGUCGUGACGCCGUUACGAACUUCAAGCCGCUGUCGGAUUCUGAAUCGGAUGAAUCGGAAUCCAUUUUUCUCAGUUCCCAUUCCAAAUUAGAGAUCGUUGAUAUGCUAAGGAAACAUACUUAUUCCGAUGAGCUUGAACAGAGUCGUCGGAACUUCACCGGCACCGGCGAGAGGAGACAACGAACCGUCAUUAAUAAUGAUGAUAAUACAAAUGGAGUCUAUUUCGGGAAUGGGCAGAAGUCGACGGAGCCAUUGUUUGAGAAAACCGUGACCCCGAGUGAUGUUGGGAAGUUGAAUCGGCUUGUGAUACCGAAACAACAUGCGGAGAAACACUUUCCUCUUCAAACCGACCUCGUUUUGUCCGCCGCUCAGAAAGGAAUGUUACUCAAUUUCAAGGAUUCGACUGGAAAGGUAUGGCGAUUUCGUUAUUCGUAUUGGAAUAGUAGUCAGAGUUACGUUUUGACUAAAGGAUGGAGCCGAUUCGUUAAAGAGAAGAAACUGAACGCCGGCGAUAUUGUCAGAUUUCACCGAUCAAUCUCUGGUGAUAAACAGCUUUACAUCGACUGGAAAUCUUCCGCCACCGGCGAAUGUAAAUCUCAGGUGGGUUCUUUUGCUGUAACACACCCGGUUGAGGCGGCGGCUAUGCCGAUUGUUAGGUUGUUCGGCGUAAAUAUUAGCGGCGGCGGUGGCGGUGAGGGCGGCGGCGUUGACGGAGUAAAACGGAUGAGAGAAAUGGAGUUAUUGUCAAUGGAGUUUUGCAGCAAAAAGACAAGGAUAAUUGGGGCAGUGUAACAUCUGUCGAAUUAAUUUUUUUUUAUUUUUUUUUAUUUUCUUCUUUUUAAAAAUAUUAAUUUUGCUGUGUGUUAAUUUGAAAUGCAUUCAGUUUAGUU